AGGAGCCGAGAGAGACUCUGCAAUGAAUGGUGACACUCGAGCUGCCGUGGUGACCUCACCACCGCCAACCACAGCCCCGCACAAGGAGAGAUACUUCGACAGGGUGGAUGAGAAGAACCCAGAGUACCUGCGAGAGAGGAACAUGGCGCCAGACCUCCGCCAGGACUUCAAUAUGAUGGAGCAAAAGAAGAGGGUGUCCAUGAUCCUGCAGAGCCCAGCGUUCUGUGAAGAAUUGGAGUCAAUGAUACAGGAGCAAUUUAAGAAGGGGAAGAACCCCACCGGCCUGUUGGCCUUGCAGCAGAUUGCGGAUUUUAUGACCACUAACGUCCCGAACGUCUACCCAGCAGCCCCGCAAGGAGGGAUGGCAGCCUUGAACAUGAGUCUUGGCAUGGUGACACCUGUGAACGACCUGCGAGGAUCGGACUCAAUUGCAUAUGACAAAGGGGAGAAGUUACUGCGCUGCAAACUGGCCGCCUUCUACAGAUUAGCAGAUCUCUUCGGGUGGUCUCAGCUCAUUUACAAUCACAUCACGACUAGAGUGAGCUCUGAGCAGGAGCACUUCCUCAUCGUACCUUUUGGACUUCUGUACAGCGAAGUGACGGCUUCCAGUUUGGUUAAAAUCAAUCUGCAAGGUGACGUAGUGGACCGUGGUAGUACUAACCUCGGGGUCAAUCAAGCGGGCUUCACUCUGCACUCGGCGAUUUAUGCCGCCCGCCCAGACGUGAAGUGUAUUGUUCAUAUCCACACUCCAGCAGGGGCCGCGGUCUCUGCGAUGAAGUGUGGCCUGCUGCCCAUCUCCCCGGAGGCACUGUCCCUCGGAGAAGUGGCUUAUCAUGACUACCACGGGAUCCUGGUUGACGAGGAAGAAAAGGUGUUGAUUCAGAAAAAUCUGGGGCCAAAGAGCAAGGUCCUCAUUCUCCGCAACCACGGGCUCGUCUCGGUGGGAGAGACUGUGGAGGAAGCCUUCUACUACAUCCACAACCUCGUGGUUGCCUGUGAGAUCCAGGUUCGUACGCUGGCCAGUGCAGGAGGCCCAGACAACCUGGUCCUGCUGGAUCCUGGGAAGUACAAAGCCAAGUGCCGGCCCCCGGAGUCUCCAGCAGGGGAGGGGGGCACCGGGUCGCCUCCCAAGUGGCUGAUUGGGGAGCAGGAAUUUGAAGCUCUGAUGCGGAUGCUCGAUAACCUGGGUUACAGAACUGGCUACCCCUACCGCUACCCUGCUCUGAGAGAGAAAUCUAAAAAGUACAGCGAUGUGGAGGUCCCUGCGAGUGUCACGGGUCACUCCUUUGCUAGUGACGGUGACUCGGGCACUUGCUCCCCUCUCAGACACAGUUUUCAGAAGCAGCAGCGAGAGAAGACAAGGUGGCUGAACUCUGGCCGGGGUGACGAUGCUUCUGAGGAAGGGCAGAACGGAAGCAGUCCCAAGUCGAAGACUAAGGUGUGGACGAGCAUUACACACGAUCACGUGAAACCCUUGCUGCAGUCUCUCUCGUCCGGUGUCUGCGUGCCAAGCUGUAUUACCAACUGCUUGUGGACUAAAGAGGACGGACAGAGAGCCUCCACCUCUGCCGUCCCUAACCUGUUUGUCCCAUUGAACACUAACCCUAAAGAGGUCCAAGAGAUGAGGAACAAGAUCCGAGAGCAGAACUUACAGGACAUCAAGACAGCCGGCCCCCAGUCCCAGGUCUUAUGUGGUGUGAUGAUGGACAGGAGCCUCGUCCAGGGGGAACUGGUGACGGCCUCCAAGGCCAUCAUUGAGAAGGAGUACCAGCCACACGUGAUUGUGAGCACCACAGGCCCCAACCCCUUCACCACGCUCACCGACCGAGAGCUGGAGGAGUACCGUCGCGAGGUGGAGCGGAAGCAGAGGGGCUCAGGAGAGGACCUGGAGGAGACACGAGAACAGAAAGAGAAGAGCCCCCCAGAGCCCCCUGCUGCACCCCAGACACCCCCUAGCACCCCUGUCAAGCUGGAGGAAGAAGUGCCACAGGAGCAGACAGCGGGAGAUGACAGCGAUGCGGCCACCUUCAAGCCGACUCUCCCUGACCUCUCCCCCGACGAGCCUUCAGAAGCGCUUGGCUUCCCGACAUCAGACAAGGAGGAGAACGAGGGUCCCAGGGAAGCCCCCGGCCCUCAGAGCCCCACCAGGUCCCCCACGGCAAGCAGCCCUGAGCCGGCCCCAGGCCAGGUGACUGAAGAGGCCCCCUCCCCAGCUGCUGAGGAGGGGGCUGCCGUGGACCCUGGCAGUGAUGGGUCUCCGGGCAAGUCCCCUUCCAAAAAGAAGAAGAAAUUCCGUACCCCUUCCUUCCUGAAGAAGAGCAAGAAGAAGAGCGAUUCUUGA